UAGCUUGUAUUAUAGUUUAUUUUGUUUGUUUGUUCUUUUAACAUAUUCUUAAUAAAAGUUUGUUUUAACCAUUUGUGGAGGGCUCUGCUAGCCCAUUACGGGCCAAAAAGGCCCUUUCCCCUGCUUUUACCAGUUCUCUGAGAAUUUUUUUUGACCAAGAAAAAGAUCCUGGAACCAGCUACAAGACCCACCCUCAACUGCUCUGCUUUAGACUUUACCAUCCCUCUAAAAACAAAAAAAGGAAAAAAGGGGGGAAAAAAUACUAUCUGACAUGCCACCGGUUGGGCCCAGAAACGUUAUGGCGACAGACUCACUACAGACACAGUAACAGCUGCUCAAAUACUACUACAACUAGUGCAAACAACAACCAUAACCCCACAAUCAGCCCAUCACACACAACCCACAACUCACUAUCUACCGACUAUCCCCGAAGAACACUAUCCUCCCCUCCCCAAACCUGCUGCCCCCAAAGCACUAUCCCUCUAUCUAGGCCCCCGCACACCAAUUACAGAAGAAAUAAAAAAGUACCAUUCCCCCACACCGGACCCACCCACACAAAAUUCUACAGGAACCCAGACAAUACCCCAAACCAACACUAAGAAAUCCGAGUUCACCCCUCUCCCCUUACCUUAUCCUAUCUAUAAAAAAGCCACCUCCCCCAACCUAAACACCCUCAAACCAACCCGAAAAGGCCCCAUCCAACCUCCACCAAUCCAUUUCAUAAAUCCUUCACCAACCAAAGACCAAAACAAACAACACCCAUAGAGUCUGCUAUCACACCUCAAACCCCUGCAACCUCCACCCCACUUCCACAAACAACCCGUAGAGUCAUCUGGGGGACCGUUACCAGCAAACACAAUAGAUUCCCAGUCCUCCACUCCCCAUACCCCCAUCUCCCCCAUCCUUCCACUCAUCCCUCCAAGCAAAAACCCCCUCAAACUUCCCACUUCCAAAAUAAUCACAGCACAGAUCCACCAUUCCACUUAUCCACCUCAAAACCAUACAGAAUUACAGACCAUCACCCUCAGCAGUCAUUCUAAUGUUUCCGUACAAACUGCUGAUACCAUAUCCCCCUACUCUUCCCAGACAGAAGCUACAACCACCGGGAUGGAACAGAUCAAACAACCUCCAGCAAAGCCCUCUCAAAAAAGAGAAUCGGCAAAAAUGAUGAAAGGGUCAACCACGACCUAAACAGAACCUGCUCUGAGCCUUCUCUUUCAAUACCUUUAGAGAACACUUUUCCCCACCCACCCUCACCAGACAUUCAGACACCAAUAACACCCCCCAAUCCUGGUCAAACCAUGAUUUCACCUCCCCCCGAUCUACCUCAUCCCCUAAACCGCCUGACCCUAGCUCAAUUACUUCAUGCCUAUCCAUCCCUCAAGACUUUCCCCUCUCGCCACCCCUACACAUCACCCCUAAUUCUCAACCACAUCUCCCUGAUCAGUCAACUACAGAACUAUCCCCCAAACUCCACGCAUACCAACACCUCUACCCUUCCCACCUCUAGCACGUUAAACACCCAGGAACCAAGUAGUCCAACCACAACCAAUAAAACCUCCCUCUCAAUAACUCUUUUCAGACCCAACUAUCACAUCGCACGCCCCACCCGCAAAAUACAAGACUGGCACUUCAAACCCCGGAAACCCAUCCUCAUUUUAGGAGACUCCAAUAUAAACCGCAUCCCUGGUCAUACCAACCCCCAAAUUCAACUGGACAGCUACCCUGGAGCUAACUCGUAUCAUUUCUUCAAAGUCUUGGAAAAAAACACACCCAACCGCCAUGUCAAAAUCGUUGUUUUCUCGAUGGGACAUAACAAUAAAGAUCAAGACCUGAGACAAACCACCAUAAAACAAUUAAAACCCCUUUUCCGCAAUGCCAAAUCUAUAUUCCCUAACGCUGACAUCUACUUCCACAUAAUAAACUUCUCGCCAAAUCUCACCCCUACACAGAAAAGCAAUCUCACGUUAAUCAAUAACACCAUGACCACCCAUUUCCCCAUACUUUUUGAAAUACUGCACGAUACAUCCACUGGACACCCUCCACAGCAAAAUCAAUCUUCCAAAACUGGAUGCAACAGCUAAAUUUACACUAACACCCAGAGUCAACCCGGACACACAUACAGAUACACUACCGACACCCCCCCCUCAGGACUUAGACUGGAACUCGUCAUCUAACAUUCUCAAUCUGGCCACGUUAUUCACACCCACCACACCACAACGAAAACUACUAGAGAAAGGCCUAUCAUUCAUUCCACGACCCACCAACCUCGACCAGGAGGAACUUCAAAGGGACUUACAUAACCUCCAUAGAAGAAUUAAAAUCGACCACUUUCAUCUUAGACCUGAUCGACAACCACCCGCGGAUCAACUCCACCCCAUAACCAAACUAUUUAUUAAUCAAAACAAAAGGGCCCUACAACAUUUCCGGCCCCCCACAGACACUCCAGAUAACCUGUUGGGGCCCGAACGUAGGGCCCUUACCGAUUUAAGUAAAAACCCAAACAUCAUCUUCAAACCUGCAGACAAAGGCUCUAAAAUUGUCAUCAUGGACCGUCAGCAUUAUUUAUUAGAAGCUAAUAGACAACUCAACAACACCAUCUACUACAAAAAACUAGAAGACACAAUUCAACCCCAGACACAAGACAAACUUAGAACCAUAAUACAAAACCUGUAUCACAAAAAAUACAUUAAUGCAAAACAAAAAAAACUUCCUCUCAGGACCAGACCACCCACGGCCCCGAUACUUUUACCUCCUCCCCAAAAUCCAUAAAGAACCCCCACACCUGGACUAUCCCCUUUGAAGUUCCUCCCGGCAGGCCCAUAGUUUCAGAGUGUAACAGCUCCACCUACCACAUAUCUCAAUACAUCGAACACUUCCUAGGACCUCUCUCCAUCCAACAUCCAAGUUACAUCAAAGAUACCUAUCAUUUUAUUGACAAAAUUUGCUCUAUAACAGUCCCCCCACAAUCACUUCUCUUUACAAUAGAUAUACAGCCUUUACACCAACAUCAACACCGACAUUGCAUUACAGACCAUUUGCACCAUCUUUAGUAGAAACCCGGAUCCAACCCGCCCAGACACAGAACUGCUCAACCUAAUGAAACUAUGCCUUACUAAUAAUGACUUCCUCUUCAACAACCAAUUCUACUAUCAAACACACAGUACAGCAAUGGGUCAACGGUUCGCCCCAUCAUAUGCUAAUCUAUAUAUCAGCGAGUGGGAGCGAGAAGCCCUAGCAAAAUGCCCCCUACAACCGCCACUUUAGGAAGUGAAGAAAUUGUUGCAGGUGAUGUUGCGACCCGUCAGGCCCUCCGUUACGUCGAGCACCGCGCACGUCACCUGAUUCUUCUCUGAGCCGCCUCAUCCUUUUACCUUCUUUCUCCCUUUUUUUUCUUCUCCUCCUCUUCCGGAGGUGGCGGUGGCGGUGGGCUUCUUACUGUCUAUUUUAUCACUCCACUACCACCGUAUAUUUUUUCUCAGUCCCAACAGAAAGUAACAAACCAGAGGGUUCUGAGACUUUCUGGAACAUUCUGUCGUUGAUCUGCAUGUGCAGUUUAUUGCCCCACCAUCGCCAUAUCUUUUCUCAGUUCCAACAGAAAACCUGGCAUGCUGCAAGUAACAAGCCAGAAGGUUCUGGGACUUUCCAGAACAUUCUGUUUGUUGAUCUGCCUGUGUGGUUUAUCGCCCCACCACCACUACAGCUGCCUUAUCUUUCUCAAUUCAGUUCUCAGAGGCACAGUGAGAAAGGGGAGGAGGAGAAGGAGAAGGACGAGGGGAAGUAGAGGAGCGACGCCUUGUCGGGUCGCGGAGGCCCGCCACUCACGGGGUGGAACGUGGGCGAGAAGGAGAAAAAGGAGAAGGACGAGGGGAAGUAGAGGAGCGACGCCUCGUCGGGUCGCAGAGGCCCGCUGCUCACAGGGAGGAACGGGGGCGUGCAGAGGUGAUGAGAGGGACAGUGAGAAAGGGGAGGAGGAGAAGGAGAAAUAGGACAAGAAGGAGAAGGAGGAGGGCAAGGACGAGGGGAAGUAGAGGAGCGACACCUCGUCGGGUCGCAGAGGCCCGCCGCUCACGGGGAGGAAUGGGGUGGUGCGGAGGCGACGAGAGGGACAGUGAGAAAGGGGAGGAGGAGAAGGAGAAAUAGGAGAAGAACGAGAAGAACGAGGGGAAGGAUGAGGGGAAGGAGAGGGGCGAAAUCGAUUUCUGUGUAUGAGUUGGGGAUCAUCAUAAAGGCAUCACAGCCCAUAAUACCCAACACAAGGCUGGUCUGUUGUGCUGGCUCUCUGCAUAUACAGCUGAAUGUUGGAGUGUGUGUAUAGAUUUCUGUCUGGAGCAGUGAAGGGGGAGAGACUGUUAAAAAGACAUACAUACCUGCACUGCUGCACCUGUCGAGCCAGUUGGAUUGGAUCAACUUAGUGGGUGGAGGAUUGAGAGGGUGGGGUCAGCAGCACAAUGACAGUUGAAAGGAAGGAAGUAAAACUAAAGAGCAAUGCAACACCUGGCGAGUGGACACAGCGGUAUGCUGAGGAGAAAAGACUGCAGAGAGAGAACGUACACUGCACCUGUUUGACCACAACUCUGUGAAACAGUUCAACAUUGGAGCGCCAUGGCACUGGCUACUGCCUUUCUAUCUGAAGACCAGUUUACCUGCUCAAUCUGUCUGGAGGUGUUCAAUAACCCAGUGUCAACACCAUGUGGCCACAGUUUCUGCCAGGCCUGCAUCUCCACCUAUUGGGAUGGAGGAAGAGGAGGAGGAGAGGGUGCCAAGUCCUACCAGUGUCCCCUCUGCAAGGAGUCCUUCCGCAAGCGCCCUGAGCUCCAUAUCAACCGAACCCUCAAGGAAAUCACUGAACAGUUCAAGUGGAUGGCCAGCACUGGAAUAACGAUGGAUGGAGGAGGUGGAGGAGGAGUUGAAGAUCCCAACUCACAUCCCCACCAUCAUCAUCAUAAUCAACCCGCCCUGUCUCUGCAACAGAGGCGAGGGGAGAUGCCAGAGGGCGUCUUUACUGAGAUGAAGACCCGUUUUCGGCGGUCAUCCACUUCUGUGCCCAACAACCCAAACCCACAAAGUCCAGUCAGUGCUGACCUAGCUCACAGCAAUCAGUACCAUGACCCGCCUCCACCCUACUCACCUCCCCGCAGGCACACUCUGAGUGGCCCCAGUGUCUCUUCCAAUGUGCCUCUGUGUCCCAUCCACCUGAGAGCUCUGGAGUUCUUUUGUCGCUCUGAUAACACCUGCAUCUGCAGCGUCUGUGUGGAGACAGCUGAUCACAGAGGACACAACGCCGUCCCCGCCAAAAGAGAGUGGCACAUCAAGAAGUCCCAGUUAGGUAUUUCAGAGGUUGAGCUGAAGGAACUCACCAGUCAGAAAGAAAGAAAAGCUGAGGAAAUUCAGAACUGCUUACAAGAGAUACAGGGUGCUGCUGAAAGAGAGACAGAAGGAGCUGUUUGUGUGUUCUCUAAGCUGAUCUCCAGUGUAGAGCGCUGCCAAGCUGAAGUUUUGGAGGUGAUUGAGAUGAAUCGCCGAGCGGCUGAACACAGAGCUCAGAGCCUGCUCAGAGAGGUGGAGGAGGAGAUAGCCGAGCUGAAGAAGAGGAGAGCAACACUGAGCCAGCUGGCUCUGACUGAAGACUACAUACACUUUCUCAAGAUGUUUCCUACCCUGUCCACCCCUCCACAAACUAAGGACUGCUCCAGUGUCUCUGUGGUGUCUGCGCUAACCUCAGGGCUGAUUCUCAGGACUGUCAAUCAUAUGAUGGAGCGCUUUCAGGAAGAGAUGAGGAAAUUACCAGAAGUCUGCCAGCAAUCCUCAGUGGACCAAACUGUACCAAGGCCCAACCCAAAGAUAAGAAGGGUUCAAGAAUAUGCAGCCGACAUCACUUUAGAUCCUAACACAGCCCACCCACGUCUCCUUGUCUCAGUGGAUGGGAAGCAGGUGCACUGUGGUGACCGUCAUCAACAGGUUCCAGACAACCCCGAGCGCUUUGACCGGGUGGUGUGUCUGCUGGCCCACCAGGGCUUCAGAUCAGGACGGCAUUACUGGGAGGUGGAGGUGGGAGGAAAGACUGACUGGGACCUGGGAGUGGCAAGCUGGUCUGUCAAUCGGAAGGGCAAAAUCACCGUAAGCCCCGCCCACGGCUACUGGUUCCUCAGCCUACGAGAUCGGACUGAUUUCGCCUUCCGAACGGAACCCUCAACCAACCUGACAGUCAACCUGAAACCAUCCCGGAUUGGAAUCUAUGUGGACUAUGAUAAAGGACUAGUGUCCUUCUACAACGUGGAGGCCAGAGUGCUCAUCUAUACAUUCACAGAUACUUUCUCUGACACCAUCCAUCCAUUCUUCAGCCCCUGUACUAAUAAAUCAGGAAAGAAUGAGGCUCCACUAAUUAUCUGCCCCGUCGCAAUGACAUAAUGAUAUGAGCCAACAAGUUAAGGCAAUUUUUACUAAUGAAUUCCUUGCAGUGGAGUAAAGAAUGAGCAGGCCGUUUGUUAACUUGCUGUGUCUUAGCUCACGUCCUUCCAUACUUACACUUGCUAAUUUUAGUCCAUAAGUGCGUUCACACUGUCAGUUCUGUCUACAGUCCGUGUACUGUGAGUACCCAUUUUCCGGCCAGUCAAAGGACUUUACAUUACAUGUCACAUUCACUCCCACACACACAUCCAUACAUCUGUGGGAGAGAGUGGCAUGCAAGGUGACAACUGUUCAUCAGAAAGUAACUCACUAAUUUGGGGUUCAGUGUUUUGCAGAUAGGAGGCAGCUGGGGAUCAAACCAAUGAUCUUCCUAUUGUUGGACGACUUUACGUUUUAGUCGUAGCUGCUGGACAUGGUCACAGGUCAGCAUCAUGGAUGUAUUAUCAGAACUGUAUACUGGCAUCCAAGUGGCUCAUUUGAUGCAUAUGGUAAAAACAUGUUUUCAGGCUCAACUUCCACAUUUUGGGCUUAUAGAGCGAUCACACUAAAUUCCCUCUCUAGCUGAACUAGUUUAAAGUACACUCACAGUAGAUGAACUGUUCACGUUGAUUCAUAUGAACGGCAUGAAAUGAAUUUACUCAUAUGGCUCUUUGAAAGUUAUAUAUGACCUACUGGCUCAAAUUCAAAGAUGAGUGGGUUUGAAGGUUUUUCUGUUUGACAAAGCCAUGAAGAAGCUGAAAAGUUUUGGUGGGAUUUAAAAGUUGAAGAAUGGCCAAGUAGUAGAUGCAUAACAAAUGGGAGAAAGUGUGAACAUUACGUCUAUUAUUUUGAAUGAGGGAGAUAUUAAUAAAUAUUUAUAUCAUGAAAGUUCAGAAAAUCAGAAUGACAUAACCUAAAGUUAAAUAUUGUGUGUGUAGGAGGCGUGUUUGUCCUGUUGACAUUCCCCAUGGCGUCCACAGGUUGUAAACAAGGAGGAUGAAUAAGAGAGUUUAUGUCGUGAAUGUACGGUAAUUGUUGUGUGACUGAAGGUUUUGGGAAUAAAAUAAUUAAGAUGUAUAAGAAUAACAAUAAUUAAGAUUGGAGUAAACAGAAUGAGCUCUGUAAAUACCUUCAUAUAGAAUUGACUACUGACUGUGAUUGAUUUUAAGUGGGAUAUAUCUCAUAAAUAUAUGGUAUUUUACUGAAAUAUUGACAUUUGUUAUUGUUGACAUUGUAAUUUGUUUCAUUCCAUCUAAGUUUAGUUAUAAUUGAUGAUUGAGUAAAACCACUGAAGAUCAGCUGACUUACAAUAUUGUUUUUAAUUUAUUCCUUCAGAAUCAUAAAAGUAUCUUCAACCUGUUUGCUUCUACCCUCUUUAUGUAAACCUCUGCAUGUAAAUAUUAUUAUAUAAUAUAGAUUCUACGUGUAUGUGGGAAACUGGAUACACUAGCAUUUUUAAGUUGCUGCCAUAGUUAACGCAACAUGAACAGCUUCUUUUGACCUGUUAGUCAAAGCAGCGACCUGUCUCACAAAGACAUGGCAGUUUUGAUCAAAUGUCUGAACCUCAGUCUAGUCUCAUUUUUAACACCUCUCAUAUUUAUGCUAUUUAAGCUAGAGACAUAAUUGUGCUCAGUGAUAACAGAUGGGCUGUUUUGAUUCUGUUUUAUUUGGAAAGUCUACGUUCGUCUGCAGUUUUCAGUGUAAAUAAUUCAAAUCUAUCAUUAUUAUUCAUUUCUAACCUUUUCUAAUGAAUGAUGUAAACCAUUUAUUAAUUUAACUUACUAAUCAAACCCAAUGUGAGUACCUGCUUUAAAAGUGUCAGAGAGCUCUGAUGGCUUUACAGUUUAUUCUGAGUAGACAGAGAAAUAAUAGAAUGCUGAAAUAAUUUUCCAGGACAGCAAACAAGACUUGUAACGUGUUUUUCAUAACUGGAAAAUUGUUGAACCGUUUUCCAGGUUGUCCAAAAUGCCUGGAAAGUACUCCAUGAAUUAUUUUACUUAUAAAAUGUUUGAAUAAAAUGUGUAUUUUUGUACUCUUUAACUUCCAAUGUAAAUGUGAAAUAAACAUAAUUCAACAGAAGCUGUUACAUAACCAUUUUGUUUUAUUACCAGAUUAUUGCACACAGGCUUAUGGCUGUACAUAGACAAAAAAAAGAAAUGACAAGAACCAUGAUCUAACAUUACGGGAUCAAAGUUAUUCUGUGAGUAUCACUCUACCUUUCGCUGAAAAGCACAUACUGUACACACACAGUGUGUGGAAUGAUCUGUACAAUAAAUAUUCAUACCUGCUUCCCGUGUCACUUUUUAAGUUACAACAGUGUCAAAAAAAUGUAUAUGUAAAUACACAAGAUACAUGUGAGGGGGGGGGGGGUAAAACUCUGGGCCAGAAGC